AGCACCUGUCUCAUGAAACCAGCUAGCAUAUAUCCCUAUUCCUAUAGGUUUCUUUCCAUAUUACUCAAGUGCAUGCUAAACUUUCCGUUAGGUUUAAUAAGUGGGGUAAAAAGAAAGCUAGCCAAGAUCAUCAAUGGCGGCGUUAGUGGAAGCAAAGCCACCGGCAAGUCGAACCGGCUACGGACGCGGCCUGGCAGCGACUUGUGACCAAACUGGGAUUUUGCGGCAAAUCGAAACCACACACUUUCCUGAUGGCAAAGAAAUUCAGGUUAAUGGUCUGCUCAGUAUCAUCAAGGAGAUUCUGUCUCUAUGUGGCUACCACAUGAGUUCCGAAGGACAAAAAGAAGAUCCCACUUCCUUGGAUUAUUCCUGCCUGCAUUCCAUAUUGGAACAACUAUCCACCGAGCUAGCAUUCACGACCUUGAACGCCGCAGAUGUACAUCCUAAGACCCUCAGUUUCUUCAACAUGCUAUCGAGUUACGAGUGGGACGCUAAGUUGUGCCUGAUGUUAGCGGCUCUUGUUACGAUUUACGGAGACUAUUGGGUUCUAAUGCAGUCAUGUUCUGGGGAACAGUUGGCCAAGGACAUGGUAACGUUGUUGCAGCUAAAGGACCGAGUAGUAGACUCCGAUGAACAGAAAUCUUGGUUCGAUAAGCUUAAGAAUCUCAUCAUGUCCAUGGUGGAUUUGACUGAGCAAAUCGCGAAGAUGAAUGCGUUGCUGUCGUCUCGUAGUUUUGCAGAUGAAGCGACGAUUCGUAUAGCGACGAACACCAUGGUAGUUGCGAGCUACUGGACUGUUAGAAAUGUUGUUUUGUGCACGUCUUAUAUGCACUCCCUCUUUGGCAAGGCUUACAAGUCUAGCGUUGGACCAGGUGAUAUUGACACAAUGACCAAAAAAAUAAGUGAUCUUCAAGCAACUUGUCAGGAAAUGACAAUGUCAUUGUUGGGCCACGUAUUUGUACCUGCAAAAAUGAUAAAAAUUGUGGCAUGGGGAGGUUCAGGUGGAAAAGAGUGGACUUACAAGCCUGAAGGAGCAAUAACAAAGAUAAGUAUCGUUCAUGGAGGGGCAAUUGUGUCCAUAACCUUUUCUAGCAUGAAUCCAGGCGGCGGAGUGGAGUCUCCGGUCAAAUUUGGCCGAGACGGCGGCAGCAAGACGGCGGAGGUGAGCAUUAAUCAUCCUUCCGAGCAAUUGACGGGCGUAAGUGGGACUUACGGGGUUAUGGAAGAGAAUGAAGUAUACGUAAAAUCGUUGAAGUUUCACACCAAUCUCAGGGAGCACGGCCCGUUCGGUAGCCAAGACGACGGAACGCCGUUCUCAUUUGUGAUGGAGAAUGGAAUCGUGGUCGGAUUUCAUGGCCGGUCGUCGGAGAAAUUUGUGGACGCCAUCGGUGUGUUUGUGAAGCAGAACUGAAGCUAAGGCUGGCCCAAAGUUAUUCUUGGUUACAGAAGUGACGUGAAAGACAAUAUAUAUAUUAUUAAAGUGAUGUAGAAGACAAUAUACAUGGGUUUAUAUAUAUGUACAUAAUCAUGAAGAUACAUUUUUAUUAUAUCAUAUCAUUAUUUGAUA